GGUACGAGACCGAGUACAGCCGGGGCACCGCGCCCAUGGCGGUGACCGUCUUUUCCGCGAGCAACUACCCGGGGGGCGCGGGCGAGCACCUCCAGGAGGGAAAUUUGGCCUCCGUCGCCGUCUUCAAAGGGGACGAGGCGGCCGAUGGGCAGCCGUUGGUCCAGGUGAUGAAGCCCAGCAAAGCGUGGUCGGAGCCGCACCACGACCUCGCCCGCUGGAGAAGCCCCGUUCUCGGCGACGAGAGCCUGAAGAACGUCUCUCCGGCCACCCCGACCUCAAGCAGCCAGGACCAGGGGUCGACGUCGAAGAAGGCGCGGGCGCAGGCCUUAGAGCAGCUGUGGCUGAGGAUAUACUGCAGCAGGCCGGAGCUCUUGGCGUUCUUCUCCAACCUGGACCAGGACGACCAGGGCACGGUUACCCUUGCGCAGUGGGCCUCGGCGAUGCGCGGGUGCCUCGUGCCCGACGAGAAGUUCCCGUGGGAGGAGCUGGCCCCGCACCUGGCCAGCUUCCACGACGGUAAGUGCCACUACAUGGCCUUCCUGAUGCGGUACAGGAACGUGCUCUGCACGCGGCUGGAGAGCCACUGGUGCAGGAGAGCCCUCGGCCAGCUGUUCGGCAAGAUGGGCAUGGAGAACGAGGCCGACCGCAACUGGAAGGAGCUGGACCGCAACGCGGACGGGGAGCUGUCGUAUUUCGAGCUGCGGCCGCUCCUGAAGGCCAACCUCGAGUUCGCCUCCUCGGACAUCGAGAGCGACGGCGUCUACACGCUGCUGGCGGCGCUGGACAAGAACUCCAGCGGCUUCGUCGAGAAGAGCGAGUUCAUCGAGGCCAUCGGGCGCGGGAGGGAGUGGUACGAGAACGCUAACCGGACGAAGAGACUCACCACCAGGGACGAGACCGAGGCGAUCGACCAGUGUUGGGGCUUCCUGCACAGCGCCAUGCGGACGCUCGCGUCAAAGCACACGUCCGUCUCGACGCUCUUCAGGUUCCUGGACACCAGCCGUGACGGCGUACUGUCCCGCGACGAAUUCAUGUCCGGCCUGAAGGUUCUGCUGAACGGAGACAAGCAGUUGACGGACUCGAUGAGCAACUGGGAGCCUCUCCUGUGGACGCUGAUCGACCGGGACGGCAGCGGUACUGUGUCGCUCGAGGAGCUCGCGUCGGCGCUGUACGUGGUGGACUCCUUGCACUGAUCGCGCGGCGCGCGCGGGUGGCUCUGGUGACUCGAGCCGAUGGGCGCGUACCGGACGAGUGGGAGCAGGAUUUGCGGAGAUGAAUGAGGGUGGCCUCUGCUGGACCCACGGCGGCGGCCGAAGCAUGCCGGCGACUGUGGGGUUCUAGACGCGGCGCCAGUUUGCGGCGGGGCGGCGGCUGGCAACGUUGUUUGGCCGUCCUCUUCCACCUCCCUUCUCCCCUUCUCGCGUGGGUGCGGCCGUAAUGGGAACGGAACGCACGCGGACGAAGACUGGCGGUGAUCCUUGCCCAUUUUGACCAGGACGCCUCCGCGGGCUCUGCCCCUUCGAGGCAGCAUGCCGCGUGCUCGACGGCGGGCUCUCUCGGUUUUGGACACCGCUUGCUAAUGGGCGUCUUGCCCAUGUUGUCCGUGCCCAUUUCGGGCGUCCGAAUCUCAGGAGGGGAA